AUGAAUUACAAUUAUGACCCCCAAAAAAUUCGCGUUUUACCAAAUGAUGGUUUAAAAUUACUUGUAAGUGAUGGUUCAUCAUCAAACUAUGAAAUAAAUGAAGUCCCAAUAAUUGAUGAAAGUGGAGCUAAAGCCCAUUUUAGACUUGUAACGCCUGAUGAUAGCAAGGCAAUAUUAUGGAAAACAAAAGUUGGUAAAGGGUUAGAAAAAUGGUUGAAAAGUUUUGAUGAAUUUAAAGAUAUGAUGAUAGAAUCUACAUUGUUAGAAAUUCCUGAAGGUUACUCAUUAUAUGAACAUAUAAAAGAAUAUAAAAAUAAAGAUACCAGAAGAGAUACUUAUCUUUAUGAAAAAUUAAAUUUUAAUGACUACACUUUUAUUCAAUCAGGUGGUAAAUAUCGAUUCAGAUCACCUAAUGACAUUACUGCUGAGAGUGCAACUGUUAAAAAAAAAGUAAAUAAAAGGAAACAAUCAAUAAUUGAACACAAGAACAUGCCUAAACAAACAGCAAGGCGUUCAAUACCUUUUCCUCUCAAAGCACCUGAUAUAAAUCAUAUAUAUUAUGAAUUUAAGCCAGCUGCAAAAAAAGUACAUCAAAACCCAUUAAUACUAUCACAAACCCAAAUUCAACAUCUACAUCGUCUAAAGCUUCAAGCACACCUGCAAGUCCAUCAAAAUCUACAACUCCAACUAGAUUUCCUUGCCAUCACACAUCUAACUUCAUCAAUUAUAAAACCUACUAAUACUAUCACAACUUCAACUUCAACGCCAUCCAAAGCUUCAAGUACACCUGCAAGUACAUCAAAAUCUACAACUCCAACUACAUUUCCUAUAAUUAAAUUUGUAACGAAGCCUACUAGUACCAUCACAACAUCAACCCCAAUGGCUCUACCACAAAAACAUGCUAGUACCAUCACAACCUCAACUCCAAUGGCCCCACCACAAAAACAUAGUACCAUCACCCCUCUAAAUCCAACGGAUACUUCAUCUAUUAUAAAACUCACUAAUAUUAUCACAAACUCAACUUCAACAUCCACACCAUCCAAAGCUUCAAGUGCACAAGCAAAUACAUCAAAAUCUACAACUCCAACUAGAUUUCCUAUAAUUAAAUUCGUAACGAGACCUGCUAGUACUAUCACAACCUCAACCCCAAUGGCUCCACCACCCAAACCUACUAGUACCACCGCACCUCUAAAUUUGACAGCUACCUCAUCUGUUAUAAAACCCAUUAAUAUUAUCACAAACUCAACUUCAACAUCCACACCAUCCAAUGCUUCAAGUAUACAUGCAAAUACAUCAAAAUCUACAACUCCUAGAUUUCCUAUAAUUAAAUUCGUAACGAGACCUGCUAGUACCAUCACAACCUCAACCCCAAUGGCUCCACCACCCAAACCUACUAGUACCACUGCACCUCUAAAUCCGACAGCCACCUCAUCUAUUAUAAAACCUAUUAAUAUUAUCACAAACUCAACUUCAACAUCCACACCAUCCAAUGCUUCAAUUGUAAGACCUGCCACAACCACAAUCUCAACUGAUAAUAAAAUUUCAAUUAAUUCUGCAAUCCCGUUUACAACUACAAACGUGACACAAACUUAUUCUACAACUUUAAUCCAAUCUAAUUAUAAACCCAUAACUUCAAAUAAAAUUUCAACAAGAAAUUCAAUUGGAACUUCAAUCCCAGUUUCAACUCUAGCACAACCAUCACUUGAAUCACAAUCUUUAUUAAGCUCUUCACUUAAUUAUACUCAAGCUCAAACUCAAUUCACUAAUUCUUCAUUUGAAACUCAAGCUUCUUCAAAUUUGAUUAGUAUGCCAAUGUUUAUUGACUCUAAGAUGCACAGUAAAUUCAUUAGCUCAGCCAUAGAUACCACACCACCUAUUGUCAAUGCAUCAGAAAAUAAAAAGAAUGUAAUAACAACUCAUAGAAAAAAUAGACAACGUCAUUCAGAAAAAAUUCCUUUGAUAGUAAUUUCACCAACAUUAGAUUUCUUGAGUGAUAAUAAUACUGAUAUUUCGGAUCUAGAAAUUGAUUAA